CAUUCUUACAUUAUGGAAGGAACUUCUCGAACACUUCCUUACAACAUAAGAUUCGUUGGUCUUCUUGGCAGUCAUUCUCUUGGCAGAAAUCCAAAGUUUAUGGCUACUGCAGUAGAUUUAGGAAGAGAAUUGAUAAGGCGAAGAAUUAGUCUUGCUUAUGGAGGAGGCAACGUUCGCCUACAAGGAGCUGUUGCUUCAACAGUCUUUACCAAUGGUGGUCUCGUUAGAGGUUUCAUUCCUGGGUACAUAGCAACACGACGGGUCUACGGACCUACAUAUGGCGUAGAGCACACAGUUUCCAGCAAUUACUACAAAUAUUUUGAGAUGAAUCAUGCUGUGGAAGCUUUCAUUCUUCUUCCCGGAGGAGUUGACACUAUGGAAGACAAGAAAAAACUCUCCUUGAAUGCCAAAGCAUUGAACGUGUUGUUUUGUGCCUUGGGACAAGAUGAGUUUGCUAGGGUGAGCUCUUGCAAAUCCGCAAAGGAAGCAUGGAAGCUCCUAGAAGCCACCCAUGAAGGAGAUAAAGACACAAAAGCUACCAAGAUAGCUUUAGGAACAUCCGAGUAUGAAAACUUCAAGAUGAAGGCCGGAGAAUCCGUUCAAGAUAUGAACAAGCGAUUCAACCUCAUUGUCAACAAUUUGAGUAAGCUAAAUAAAGUUUAUCCCACUAGUGAGAUUAACACCAAGAUUAUAUUCUCUCUUCCUAGAGAGUGGCAUAGUCUUGUUGUAAAUUUGUUGCCCAAAUGUGCGGAUGUUGAAACCUCCACCAUUUGGAGCAGCCUAUACUCUCACGAGCUUCUUUUGAAGAAAAUGAAGGAAGAAGAACAGGUUCCUAUCAUCAAGAAGACCAUGGCACUCAAAAUAGAUGACCAUCCGGAAAGCGAAGGAGAAAGUGAUGAGGAGCUUGCCAUGUUCAAGAGAUACAAGAAGUUUAUGAAAUGGAACAAGGGCGAAUCCUCAAAAAGAUUUCCAUCAAAGAAAGGUGCUGCCAGAAACGAAUGGGAUUUUGGAAGCUUCACGGUAUCUGGACAUGGUACACCAUACCGUGUAGACGGUACCAAGAUACCGUUACCACGGUACCUCGGUACCGACCGUCUCGUCGGGUCAAAACGAUUUAAAACCCUAGACCAGCGUCUAUUCGGCAUCUGCAGCGUCUCUCUCCCGGCGACCUCUCUCGUCUCCUUUCUACCGCCAAAUGUCCAAGACUUACCCGCAAAUAGGUUCAUCCUUCUCAAAAUCCUCAAAGAAAAUGUCAUCCCGGUCCUUAACAAAGAUAAACAAGUUGGGGUUUAUGAAUGCACUCUUCUAUAUUGGCUCCUAACUCACAAGAAAAUCAAUCUCCCUUCCAUCAUCCUAAAACACAUGUACGAAUGCUCCGGUCGCCAAAACAAACCCUAUGGCAUGCUUCUUACCCACAUCUUUGCCAAGAGGGAAAUUCUUGAGGUGCGCCCUACUCGUGUCCGCUAUCUUGAUGCGGAGUGCCUUGGCUAUUGUGGCCUUGUGAAGAUUGGAGAAGAGUACUACAUGAAGAAGGAGUUUCAAAAUCUUGAUGAAGCUACACGAGCGGAGUAUGGCCCUCAACGAUCCUUGUCCUCUGUGCCAUCUACUUCACGAGCACCCCGGGCCGAAGCCGUAGAAAAUGCCAACACGGAUGUCCCCGUUCGUGCUCCUAGGGUCAAACGCUCAAAGUCGGCGUCUCAUGCUUCUUCGGCCUCUCUAUUGCACCGUCACUCUCAAAUGGCUUCCACUUCCAAAAACCCCUUCAAGAAGUUCAAGAAAUUCAUCCUCAAGACCGUAGUGGCUCCGAUGAAGAAAAUUCAUGAAAGCCUUGAUGACCUCUCGGAUCGGAUGAAGAAGAUGGAGGACCGUGAGAAUCGCCAAAAGCAAAAUGAGGAUCGUGCUUCUAGACGUCGUCGCUAAGUAUUGAGCAUUUGACAAAAUGAUCAAACAUUCACUUAUCUAUGUUUUUUUUUAAAAAAAAAUUAUUAUGUAUUUUGUUUUAUGUUUCAACCUCCUAUCAUGUCUUAUGUUUAAAACUCGUACUUAUGCACUUUUAUGAUUGUUAACCCCUUUAUGAUUAUGCUUAUGAUCCACUUGAAUGCCUAUAAUUGUUGCCAUAAUGAAUGUCAUUGUGUUGA